AGGGUCGGCUCCGCCGGGGAGCCCCAGUGGCUCAGGCUGCGAAAGUCAAGGUAGUGUGCAGGACGGCGGGAGAGCACUCGGGAUCAAGCUGCGACUCGGGACGCUGGUCCCGGGUAGGGGGAGCUGGUCCCGGCAGGGGGAGCAGGAGCCGGCCAGAGAUGCCCUGUAUCCAAGCCCAAUAUGGGACACCAGCACCGAGCCCAGGACCCCGUGACCACCUGGCAAAUGACCCCCUGACCUCUGAGCUCAGCAAGCCCAUCAUGGACCUGGCCAGCUCUGAGGCGGCUCCUACGGCCCCCACUGCCCUGCCCAGCUUCAGCACCUUCAUGGAUGGCUACACGGGGGAGUUUGACACCUUUCUUUACCAGCUGCCCGGGACAGCCCAGCCCUGCUCCUCGACCUCCUCCUCGGCUUCCUCCACAUCGUCAUCCUCAGCCACCUCUCCUGCCUCUGCUUCCUUCAAGUUUGAGGACUUCCAGGUGUACGGCUGCUACCCUGGCACCCUGAGUGGCCCACUAGAUGAGACCCUGUCCUCCAGUGGUUCUGACUACUAUGGCAGUCCCUGCUCAGCCCCGUCACCACCCACGCCUGGCCUCCAGCCGCCCCAGCUCUCCCCUUGGGAUGGCUCCUUCAGUCCCUUCUCACCUAACCAGACUUAUGAAGGCCUGCGGGCAUGGACAGAACAGAUUCCCAAGGCUCCUGGGCACCCCCAGCCGCCAGCCUUCUUUUCCUUCAGCCCUCCCACCGGCCCCAGCCCCAGCCUGGCCCAGAGUCCCCUAAAGCUGUUUCCCUCUCAAGCCACCCACCAGUUGGGGGACGGGGAGAGCUAUGCCAUGCCAACAGCUUUCCCAGGUCUGUUGCCCACUUCUCCACACCUUGAUGGCCCGGGGAUGCUGGAUGUGCCCGUGACCUCAGCCAAGUCUCGGAGUGGGGCUCCAGGUGGAAGUGAGGGCCGCUGUGCUGUGUGUGGAGACAACGCUUCAUGCCAGCAUUACGGAGUCCGCACCUGCGAGGGCUGCAAGGGCUUCUUCAAGCGCACAGUGCAGAAAAACGCCAAGUACAUCUGCCUGGCUAACAAGGACUGCCCUGUGGACAAGAGGCGGCGAAACCGCUGCCAGUUCUGCCGCUUCCAGAAGUGCCUGGCCGUGGGCAUGGUGAAAGAAGUUGUCCGAACAGACAGCCUGAAGGGGCGGCGGGGGCGGCUCCCUUCAAAGCCCAAGCAGCCCCCAGAUGCCUCCCCUGCCAAUCUCCUCACCUCCCUGGUCCGGGCGCACCUGGACUCAGGGCCCAGCACAGCCAAACUGGACUACUCCAAGUUCCAGGAGCUGGUGCUGCCCCACUUCGGGAAGGAGGAUGCUGGGGAUGUGCAGCAGUUCUAUGACCUGCUCUCGGGGUCCCUGGAGGUUAUCCGCAAGUGGGCCGAGAAGAUCCCUGGCUUCGCCGAGCUGUCCCCAGGUGACCAGGACCUGCUGCUGGAGUCGGCCUUCCUAGAGCUCUUCAUUCUCCGCCUGGCCUACCGGUCCAAGCCAGCUGAGGGGAAGCUCAUCUUUUGCUCCGGCCUAGUGCUGCACCGGCUGCAGUGCGCCCGAGGCUUUGGCGACUGGAUCGACAGUAUUCUGGCCUUCUCGCGGUCCCUGCAUAGCUUGGUGGUUGAUGUCCCUGCCUUCGCCUGCCUCUCAGCACUUGUCCUCAUCACAGACCGCCACGGGCUGCAGGAACCACAGCGGGUGGAAGAGCUGCAGAACCGCAUUGCCAGCUGCCUGAAGGAUCACGUCUCGGCCCUGGCGGGCGAGCCCCAGCCAGCCAGCUGCCUGUCACGCCUGCUAGGCAAGCUGCCUGAGCUGCGAACCCUGUGCACCCAGGGCCUGCAGCGUAUCUUCUACCUCAAGCUGGAGGACUUGGUGCCCCCUCCGCCCAUCGUCGACAAGAUCUUUAUGGAGACGCUGCCCUUCUGACCCCAGCCUGGGAACACCUGUGCACUGUGUGUGCACGUUCCUAUGCCACCCCACGUGCCUUGAUCCCAUGGUCCUCAGACCCCCGGAGCAACCCCCCACACCUGGGCUGGAGCUACAGGCUGGGCAGCCUCCCUGUUUGCUCUCGGAGGUCAUGCCCUGAGGGAGAGGGAUGCAUUUAUGGAGAGGACUCCUACUCUUUGUCUUACCCCCCAUCCUGGCCCUGGCCUUCAUGUUUUUGUAAGAUAAACUGUUUUUAACACACACUGCCGUGCUGUAAAUAAGCCAAAUUCUGCUGUAAAUACAGGAAGGAAGAGGUUGAGGUGGGGGUGGUGUUGGGAAGGAGGGACAGGCCCCACCAGCCCGGGCAAACCUUUCCCAGCCUCCUCCUGGCUCUCUCUUCCCACCUCCUUCCACAUGUACAUAAACUCACUCUAAGAGGAAGGCAAAUGACAGAUUCUGACAUUUAUAUUUGUGUAUUUUCCUGGAUUUAUAGUAUGUGACUUUUCUGAUUAAUAUAUUUAAUAUAUUGAAUAAAAAAUAGACAUGUAGCUGAAACUG